AUGGGGCCUGCAGGCAGCCUGGGUGUUGCUCUGUUCUGCUGGGUGCUGGCUGAAGCAGCAUCCUACAGCCCCUGGGGGUUCCCUCAGAGGGACUCGGGGGUCCUGAGGGUCUGGGGUGACUCCUCCUGGAGCCGGCCCCGUGUGCCUUCCUUCUCUCAGCCCUGGGCAUGGGUGGACGUGUCCCAGCUCCAGGCCAUGGCCCCGCUGCACCCCGUGGCCGUGCAGUGCCAGGAGGCACAGCUGGUGGUCACAGUGCACAGGGACCUCUUUGGCACCGGGCGCCUGGUCAGGGCUGCGGAUCUGAGCCUGGGAUCAGCCUCCUGCCUGCCCCUGCCCCAGAAUCCUGCUGAGAGCACUGUGACUUUUGUGGCUGGGCUGCAUGAGUGUGGCAGUACCCUGCAGAUGACCCCAGACUCCCUGAUCUACAAAACAAGCUUGUCCUACAAACCUACUCCUUCUGGCAACCUGGUCAUUGUAAGGACCAACCCGGUGGUGGUUCCUAUUGAGUGUCACUAUCCCAGGAGGAGCAAUGUGAGCAGCAGUGCUGUCCGGCCCACGUGGGUUCCCUUCCGCUCCACGCUGUCGGCUGAGGAGAGGCUGAUGUUCUCCCUGCGCCUCAUGGAUGAUGACUGGAGCACAGAGAGGCUCUCCAAUGGCUUCCAGCUGGGGGAGAGCCUGCACCUCCAGGCUGACGUGGCUUCUGAGGGCCAUGUCCCUCUGAGGCUCUUCGUGGACGACUGUGUUGCCACUCUGAGCCCCGACAGGAAUUCCUCCCCCCGAUACGCCUUCAUUGACCUCAGCGGGUGCUUGGUGGAUGGGAGAGCAGAUGACACCACUUCAGCCUUCAUCUCCCCAAGGCCGAGGCAGGAAACGCUGCAGUUUGUGGUCGAUGUGUUCAAGUUUGCAGGAGAUGACAGGAACCUGAUCUACAUCACUUGCCAUCUGAGGGUCUCCCCAGCUGACCAAGCCCCAGAUCCAUGGAACAAAGCCUGUUCCUUCAACAAAGCCAGCAGCCUUUGGGCACCUGUGGAGGGUACUGGAGACAUCUGCAGCUGCUGUGAGACCGGCAACUGCCAGUUGCAUGGAGGAUACUCCCGGAGAACCAACCCUCCUGCCAGAUGGCCGGGGAGGCGCUUGAGGAGAGAUGUCCCUUCUGAGCAAGGUGGUCCCUCAAGGGUGACAGAAGCUGAAGUCUCAGUUGGGCCACUGUUAAUCCUUGACUCAGCUCAAGGAUUAUGGAGUUCCUCUGGAGGUUUUGGACCAGCAGGGAAGACCCCACAGGGUGCUGCUGGAGGACUUCCUGUGGUGGUCCAAGUUGCUGUGCUCACGGCAGCCACUCUGCUGAGCCUCACAGCUCUGGGACUGUUUCUCGUGUGCAGGAAAUGUCCCUGCCCUCCUGGGAUGUCAUUGUAA